AUGGAUACUGCCGACGCCCUCCGUGUAAUCUGCGAGCUCAGUGUGCGGGCUCUGCGCGCACACCGGGAGCAACAGAAGUACACCAAAGAGCAUCGAAACCUCCAAGAGGCGUUGCAGCAAACCACCUCGGACCUGGAAGAGACGGUCGACUUGGCCGGUCUUCUCUACGACACCAAUCAGCGGAUGGGAACGGUGAUUGACUAUCUGUUGAAGGAGCGGGGGAAGGCCCCCACGGGGGAAUCCCAAUCCUUUGAGACCAUGCUCGACCGUGUGCUCAACCAGCUUGAAGGCACCGAAGGAGAUCGAUCGGGUGGGACUAAGUCUCCGACCCCAGCAGGGGAUGUCACCAUGGCCGAGAAUCCUACAUCAACAGCGGAUUCGCCCGGUGCCACCGGAGAGCGGCUGUGGAGCAAGCCUGGCCAAGGGGAUGAGAAAUGGCCAUUCUCCACGGCUGGACGUCAAUAA